UUCUUCCGAUACAGUCCGAGGAGCCAGGACUGUCAAUAACAGAAGCUUGCUAUUUUCUCGGAGGCUUCAGUUCUAUGAAACAAUCUUGAAAUAAAAGCAUCUUUGUACUUUAAGGAAUUACACUUUCUGAAGAAGCCUGAUUUGCGCUUAUCACUAGAAAUCUUGAAAAUGCGAAACAGAUACGAAGUGACACGAAGUAAGCCGAUCAUGGGCCGAAAAUGUAUAUUACCCUUUGAGCGAAGACAGCUGACCAAAAAUACUGUACAUCGGAGGAAAGCCGGUACGUAACGGAAGUGUCAUGUCGAACGGGAAGUCGCUGGGAAUCUUGGUUUCUUUAGUAAUUAUCGCUAAUACAGGGUAUCUACAGCUAGUUACUUCUAGUGGAAACGAUAUCACAGUGGCAGAUUUCUACAAUGAAACUACAGUUAGUCGCAUUGCUUUCGGAAGCUGCAGUUUUCCCAAGAGACCUCAACCACUGUGGAAACAUAUUUCUGAUCAACACCCAGAUUUAUGGGUUUGGCUUGGAGACGCUGUAUAUGCUGACACUAAAAUAGUUCCACUUAUGUGGAAACCUUCUCCUCUUGGUGAAAUGGUAGAAAAAUUCAAUGCCUUGAAGUACUCUCCAGAAUAUCAGGAUUUCCUGGGAAGUGGUGUUAAGGUGUUGGGUGUUUGGGAUGACCAUGACUAUGGAAUGAAUAAUGGAGGAAAGCAUUACGGAGAUCGUCUUCAGGCUCAAGGCAUUUAUUUAGACUUCCUGGAUGAGCCAACAGAGAGCUUGCGGCGAAGAAGGGAAGGCGCGUAUGUGUCAUACAGCUUUGGGAGUGGCAGUAAAAGCGUGAAGUUAAUUCUACUCGACACACGGUCACAUCUCAAGUGGGGCUUGGAUUGUGACAUUCUAGGAACAGAGCAAUGGGCGUGGCUCGAGAGGCAACUGAAUGAUCCUAACCCGCCUAGGCUGACUAUCAUUGGCAGUGGAAUUCAGGUCUUAUCAGACAUGCCAUACACAGACAGAUGGACUUCUUGUCCCUCAAGUUAUGAUCGUUUGAUGUGGCUCCUACAGAGAAAUCCAAGGGUGAUUCUUAUUAGUGGAGAUGUCCAUUUUGGAGAGUUUGCUUGCUUGAAUAACACGAGCACGGGAUACCCGCUUUAUGAAGUAACAUCCAGUGGAUUGACAGCCACGUGUGUCUCAUGGUUGUCAACAGCAACGUGUACCUGGCUUCUGGAGAAUAUUCUUACUUCAUCCAAGCGUACACAUCCAUUUAUAACAGAGCUAAAUUACGGUUUCAUAACUAUUCACUGGAACGAAGAACCGGUCUCUCUCACGGUGGAAGUACGUGGAAAAGCUGGAAACUAUCUUAAGCAAACUAUAUCACUGGAUCAAUUAGAGAAGACGAGAGACUUCAGGCGAUGUCCACAGAAAAUUGCAGACCCUCCAGUCAUCAAGAAACUGAUUUUCUACAUUAUAGCCACUUGUAUCCUAGCAACUAUCUUUAUAGGACUUCUAAGGUUUAUCCUCGUCAUCCUCAAAAUCAUUUUAAUCAAGAUUGUUUUUCCGCUACUUGGAAUAUCUCUUCAAUCUGCCGCUGCGAGCACUGGCUCCCAACACGCCAAGCACAAAAACAAGGUCAUCAAAAGUGAAUAACCACAAACUACAGCGUGUUGUGUUCAUCUUCAGUAAUGUUUACCUGCUCAUCGGCCUAGUAUGACUGCCGUCCGUCCUAUGCGCCGCUGGGUGCGAUGGAGGAGGGGUCCUGCGGUUUAAUUUAAGACCCGAGAGGGCAACCAUCAAUUAUAUUUGUUAGAAUGAUCAGGCUACAGUUGAAAUUCCAUUUAAAUUGAAUAUUCUAAAGUUCGCUGUGACUACAACUUUGUAUAAAAGUCGAAUUAUUUUAUACUACUCUUUUCAAUUUGGGUUGUUCUAUUUAAACUUUUUGAAAUUUA